UUUCUUCGUUUUCGUGACACAUCUAUCGGUCGGUGAGGUGUGGUUGUAACUUCUUUUUUUUUGUUAAAUUCUCAUUAAACAUUUAACAAAACACCAAAAUAUUUAUACCAAUUCAUUGCAUACAUUUAGAUUAUUAAGAAUAUAAACUCCAUAUAACCAUGGCGAACAGAUUACCGGCAUGUGUGAUCGAUGUGGGCACCGGCUAUACAAAAUUGGGUUUCGCUGGCAAUAAGGAACCCCAAUUCAUUAUACCCUCAGCCAUUGCCAUCAAAGAGUCAGCGCGUGUGGGUGACACCAAUACUCGUCGCAUAACCAAAGGUGUGGAAGACUUGGAUUUCUUUAUUGGCGAUGAGGCAUUCGAUGCCACUGGCUAUUCCGUCAAGUAUCCUGUGCGCCAUGGAUUGGUGGAGGAUUGGGAUUUGAUGGAACGUUUCCUGGAACAGUGUGUCUUUAAAUAUCUGAGAGCUGAGCCUGAAGAUCAUCAUUUUUUGCUAACAGAACCUCCACUAAAUACUCCCGAAAAUCGCGAGUAUACUGCCGAAAUAAUGUUUGAAACGUUUAAUGUUCCUGGUCUAUAUAUUGCAGUGCAGGCCGUUUUGGCUUUGGCCGCCAGUUGGGCUUCCAGACCAGUCGAGGAACGUACCCUCACUGGAAUUGUAGUUGAUAGUGGUGAUGGUGUUACUCAUGUCAUUCCAGUGGCCGAAGGUUAUGUUAUUGGCUCAUGCAUUAAACACAUACCAAUUGCUGGACGCAAUAUCACCUCAUUCAUUCAAAGCCUUUUACGUGAGCGAGAAGUUGGUAUACCACCCGAACAAAGUUUAGAAACUGCCAAAGCUAUCAAAGAGAAACAUUGCUACAUAUGCCCCGAUAUUGCCAAAGAAUUCGCCAAAUAUGACACAGAACCGGGCAAAUGGAUACGCAAUUAUACGGGCAUCAAUGGCGUCACAAAACAACCCUUUACCGUCGAUGUGGGCUAUGAGCGAUUUUUGGGUCCAGAAAUCUUUUUCCAUCCGGAAUUUUCAAAUCCUGAUUUUACCAUACCCAUAUCGGAGAUUGUGGAUAAUGUCAUACAAAAUUGUCCCAUUGAUGUGCGGAGGCCAUUGUAUAGUAAUGUCGUUUUAAGUGGUGGCUCUACAAUGUUCAAAGAUUUUGGUCGCCGUUUACAGCGUGACAUCAAACGAUCGGUGGAUACACGUUUGCGUAUAAGUGAAAAUUUAUCAGAGGGAAGAAUUAAGCCUAAACCAAUUGAUGUUCAAGUUAUUACCCAUCAUAUGCAACGUUAUGCUGUUUGGUUUGGCGGCAGCAUGUUGGCCUCAACGCCUGAAUUUUAUCAGGUUUGCCACACGAAAGCUGCCUACGAGGAGUAUGGACCUGGCAUUUGUCGCCACAAUCCUGUGUUUGGUACCAUGACAUAAUCGCAUUUUUUGUUUUUAUGCUAAAGUUUUUACAAAACCUUUUACUGUGAAUUGUGUUUUUUUAAUUAUUGGUUCUUCCUUGUCAUGUUGAAACAAUUGGUUUUAUUUGCUGCAAAACAUUAGUUUUUAUUUUAAUACUUUAAAAUAACAAUAUGCUCAUCGCUAGUUUUUUUCCUUUUCCAAUUUAUUCGCCGAUUUAAAGAAGGAUUUUCCGUUUGGUUUUUUCUUAACGUAAACAGGGAAGCCAGUCAGUCUAGACUUAGUUUUUGUAUUUUCUUUUGCCUGAGUAUUAACUAUUAUUACCAUAUUACAUAUAUACAAUUAUAAUUUUAAAAAUACAUACAUAUACAUAUUUUGUAAACAAAUUACGUCUAACUAUAAAUUUGGCCAAAUGAAAAUUAAAAACAAAUGAAAUUUAACUAAAAAUACACAUUCUUCCUAUUUGUUCUCCUCUUAAUCCACUUUCACCUAUAACACAUCAUCAUUUCGAAAGAAUGACCACAAAGCUUUUCCUUAAGUCCUAAAUACUAUAAAAAAAAGAUACAACAAAAACAAAUGAAAUUGUACAGAUUUAAUCUGUCCCUAGACGAAACCAUAAAAAAAACAUUUGAAACUCUAUAAAUAUUUGUUUCAAAAUGCAGAUGAUGUAUAAUUUUAACACACUCAUACAGAAUUUAAUAUAACUAACAAUUGAAAAAAGCAAAAAUUAGCAAAUCUUAGAAAGAGAUUUCUUCUUUUGACGAGAGACAUUGCCUUUUUUCAUAUGCAGUUAUCAAACCACACACACAUAGAAAUGAAAAGAAAAUGUCUUUUUUUAAAACGAACAAAAAAAAAUGAGAACCAGAAAAACAAUUAUCCGUUUGUUACUUAUAUUGCAACAAUAAAUUGAUGAUAGUAAUAAAAAUAAAUAAUAACAAGUCAAUAUAUUGAUAAUAUUAAAGGA